GUCUCGGAGAAAUCUUUUUUUCUGUUUCCUCUCCUUGACACGAGUACACUCUACCUCAGUAUCCUUCCAAUUCCUACACCUCUCUACUUGAUUGCACAAUGAACAGUUCUCACCCAAGCAUUAGGGACACGCCACGCUCAAUUACCUAUACCAGAGCCUACAACGAGUCUUAUUCCCGACACUAUAACAAGUUGUAUCGACCAUGCACAUCCCUGAGCCUUGACGAGCGUCUCCGCGCGCAACGGGACUUGGCUAGUACCUGCGAGCACCUUGCCAAAGCCGAUGCCUUGAUGGCGGAGAUCGACGAAGAACGAAAGACCAGAUAUGCCGCUGAGACAAGGGAGGGAAGCUGGAGAUCGCCCUCGAACCCAUACGCCUUUGACAUCCCGCGUGCCACUUACCCUACCAGCAGUGCGCCCUCCGAGAGUGAUCUCCGAAACCAGUCAUAUUCGCGCCAGCAGGGCUACAACCGCACCCACCAGAAUUGGCGCGCCGAAGACACGCGCCAGGACUGGAACCGAUGGAUGUACGGGCGCCCGUGAGCGUGAGCACGGUUCAGGCUGUCCAUCCAGGUCAAGGUGAGGAUUUGUCCUGGUUGAUUCGUAUGGAA